AUGGGUGUGGGUGGUAAGGGUCGAACGGGUCGCGAAGUGGGAGUUCUGGCCGGGGCAGAGCAUGGAGGGGAGGGUAAAGGUCGACUGGUGUCUGGUAGAGGUCGACUAGUGUCUGGUACUGUUAAUGUGAUUGACCCUUCGCUUUGGGCACGUGCUGCAUGA